AUGCGCUGCCCAGUGAACACCACGCGAUUUGCUAGCGACUUCCCGUACCUAGUGUCGCUGAGCAAUCCCCAUGGUCACUUCUGUGGAGGGACGCUCUUGGAUGAACGCUGGGUAUUGACUGCAGCGCACUGCUUUGGGACUGGCGUUGCAAGCUUGAGCAACAUCCAGGUGCGCGCGUUGAGCGACGGAAGCACAUCGGGGGUUGAGCUCCUGGUUGCACACCACGCCUACCAUAUGGACUGGCUCACGGAUGACAUAGCCCUUUUGAAGGUCACGACUGCUCUUCCUUCUGCGAAAUAUGCUAAGCUCGAAGAUAGCAGUCGUCGGCAUGCUGGCUCCAAGGCUUUGAUUGCUGGCUGGGGAACUAUUGAUGAACACUGCACACAGAUAGAUGACGUUCUUCGAGAAGGAGACACCUAUAUUGAGGGAAGCAGUGCUUGCUUCCAUGCCGAUUGGACCUUCAACUGGACGGAAUUGGUGUGCACGGCUCACAUCAACUCCACAGACAAAGCUGUUGCGGGCGCUGGCUGCGGAGACAGUGGUGGUCCAUUAUUCCUUCUGGAGAAUGGUGAACUCAUACAAGUGGGCAUCGUUUCCUACACAGCUUCAGGCAGGGAUCACUUCACUCGGGUGUUUACCUAUAUGGAUUGGAUAAAUGGCAUUCUCAGCUCACCUCCAGCGCAGUCCCAGAUGCCACGGCCACGGUGUUUCAAUUCCUGUUGCGAUGACCCCGAUUGGCUCGAUACUUAUGCGGAGGAGUGCCAUACAUGGACGGGUUAUGACUGCGUCGCCUACAGUAACUCGAAUGUGGGCCUGCUGGAGAAGUGCCCUGCAAGUUGCAAGCGAUGCCCUUCGUGCAAGGCAACAAACCGGCAAUGUUGCGAUAACGUUGACUUUCUCGAUGCUGUAGGAAUGCCUUGCAUCAGUUGGAGAGGAUAUGAUUGCACAAAUGUGGGCGGCGCCAGUCCAGAGGAAGAGAAGGCCAUCCACGACAAUUGUCCAAACGCCUGCGGGCUCUGUUCUCCAGGAACAGACUGCAGCGAUGAGGAGGACUGGAAAGAUCAAUAUGGUUUUGCCUGCUUUCACUGGCGUGGCUAUGAUUGCUCAAAAGCAGUUGAAAGCUUCGGCUACUCUCCAUCUGUGCAGGCUGAGAUUCUGAAGUACUGCCCGCUCAGUUGCGGUUCCUGUACCGCCUCGAAUGAAAACUCAUCAGAUGAUGACUUUUCAUCUUCAAGCCCAUUGCCUUCGAGCUCAUUGUCGGGCUUGCCGACAUCCAGCUCAUUUAUGUCUGUGGAUGUCAAUGGAGCCACUGGAGCAUGCCGGAGAUCCUACUUGGUUCUAGCACCAAUUCUGUGUUUGCUCUAUGCUUGCAAGCACUCCUUUUGA